AUGUGCGUGCGCCGUACUCACGCAGCAAUACGACUUUGGGAUCCGGACCGGUGCCUCGUCGACGGGCCUGCGGGCGUGUGUGUACGCCGUCUCGAUCGACGCAGGCGUGGUGAGCAUCGAGGCGCCUACCGACGAGACGGACCACGGUGCGUCGGUGUGGACGCUCGCGGCGCGCCGCCCCAUCUCGGACGGUACGUGCAUGCGACUGACGCAGCGUGGGCCGACCCGCCGCCUCUGCGGCCGCGCGCGGAGGACGCGCCCAGCACGCUCGCGAGCCUCGGCGAGGCGGCCACAUUCGACCCGAGUGCCGUGCGGCGUCCUGAGCCGGCGCCCACGACGCUCGUGGCAUGGGCCACGCUGAUCCUCCGCACGCCGUCGCCGCUGCACAAAGUCGCGUACACGCGCUUCGCGUACGAGGCGUGUGCGCAGGGCAUCCCCAUCGGCGGCGGCGCGUGGGAGAAUGGCGCGUGGAUCACGCCCGACAGCGAGCAGCCGCCUGUGUGGCCGCCCCGCAUGCCCGACGAGCAGCGCGUGCGGCCUGGCCACGAGGGGAAGCGCGGCAAGGGCGGCACGGAGCGCAGCCGCAUCGCCCUGCUGCAUGCGCUCGCGAACAUCGAGCAGUGGGCCAUCGACCUCGCGUGGGACAUCAUCGCGCGCGGCCCGCGGCUCAGUGCGCGGCACAUGCAGACGCCGACGGACGCCGCCCCGGCGGUGCCCCUGCCGCGCGCCUUUUUCGACGACUUUUGCCGGGUCGCCUACGACGAGGCCAAGCACUUUACGCUGCUCCAGCAGCGCCUCCUCGAGCUCGGCUCGUGGUUCGGCGCGCUGCCGGUGCACCACGGACUGUGGGAGGCCGCCAUCGAGACGUCCGAGGACCUGUUCGCGCCCAUUGUGCACCUCGUGCACGAGGCCCGGGGCCUGGACGUGAAUCCAGUCACGAUCCGCAAGUUUGCCGCCGCGGGCGAUACCGAGUCGGUCGAGUCGCUGCAGACGAUCCACCUCGACGAGAUCACGCAUGUCGCGGCGGGCCACCGCUGGCUCACGUUCCUGUGCGAGGCGCACCCCCAGCACCUCGCGCCCGUGGACGUGUUCCGCGGCGCGGUGCAGCGGCACUUUGCGGGGCGCCUCAAGGGCCCCUUCAACGUCGCGGACCGCGCCGAGGCCGGGCUCACGCGCGACUGGUACGAGGACCUCCAGGGCGCCAAGCACGACGCCACCGGCGUGGAGCGCAACGAGAUCAGCGGCGGCUAG